AUGACAAGAACCGUAUUUGUUUCAGGAGCUUCUGGAUUUAUCGCCCAGAAUAUCGUCAAGUUAUUAAUCGAGAAGGGUUAUAAUGUUAUUGGAACGGUAAGAACCGCUGAGAAAGGUGAGAAUUUGAAAAAGUGCUUAGCUAGUGAAAAAUUCACAUAUGAAAUCGUUCCAGAUAUUAGUGUUGAAGGUGCAUUUGAUAAGGUUUUGGAAAAGCAUUCUGAGAUUAAUGUUUUAUUGCAUACCGCUUCUCCGUUUUUUUACGACACUACUGAUCCAGAAAAUGAUUUGGUUCUUCCGGCUAUCAACGGUACCAAGAACAUAUUAAAGGCCGUAAAGCAAUACGGAGCACAGAUUGAAAGGGUUGUCAUCACAUCUUCAGAUGCUGCAAUCUACUCCGCAGAUGAUGAGCAAAAUUCCGACCUUUCAUUCAACGAAAGUAAUUGGAACAGCAUUUCUUAUGAGGAUGCCAUUAAAGAUCCGAUCGCGGCCUAUUAUGGAGCAAAGACUUUUGCUGAAAAAGCGGCGUGGGACUUCGUUAAAGAAAACAACUCCAAUUUCAAGUUGACUGCUGUCAAUCCAGUCUAUGUUUUUGGACCACAAGCGUUUGCAAGUGAAGUUAAGGGCAAGUUAAAUACUUCCAACGAGUUAAUUAAUACAUUAAUCAAGUUGGGUCCUUCUGAUUUAUUUGAUAACGAUAAAGGGGGGUUCAUUGAUGUAAGAGAUGUUGCUAAAGCCCAUGUGAUGGCUUUUGAAAGUGAGGAUACCAUUAACAAGAGACUUUAUUUAACUAAUGGCCAUUUUAGUACCCAAAUGAUGUUAGACAUCGUGAACAAAAAUUUCCCAGAAUUGAAGGGUAAAAUUCCAAUUGGAAAUCCUGGAACGGGAUCUCAGGAUAUUCUGACUUUAGCGAAGAUGAGCAAUGAUGCAACCAGACAAAUUUUAAAUUUUGAUUUUAAUUCUUUAGAAAAGGUUGUUGCCGAUACUGUUGCACAAAUUUUAGAUGCCAGAAAACGUACUUUAUAG